UCCGCCGCCGGGGCGGGCCGGGCCGCGCCGGGGCCGUCAUUGCGGACGGCAGGGACGAUGUCUCGCUGCAGCCCCGCCGCCCGCCUGCUCGGCCGCGUCCUGCGCCUUCAACAGAAUGGAGUCCGACACUGCUCCUACACGGCAUCCAGGAAAAAUCUGUAUGUUAACAAAAACACAAAGGUUAUCUGUCAGGGUUUUACAGGCAAACAGGGCACCUUUCACAGCCAGCAGGCGUUGGACUAUGGCACCAAUCUAGUUGGAGGAAUUUCUCCCGGGAAAGGGGGAAAAACUCAUCUAGGUCUGCCUGUGUUUAAUUCUGUGAAGGAGGCCAAAGAACAAACGGGUGCCUCUGCCACUGUGAUAUAUGUCCCUCCCCCGUUUGCUGCUGCUGCCAUCAACGAGGCAAUCGAUGCAGAGAUGCCCUUGGUCGUGUGCAUCACUGAAGGGAUCCCCCAGCAGGACAUGGUGCGGGUCAAACACAGGCUGGUCAGGCAGAACAAGACCCGGCUGGUGGGCCCAAACUGCCCUGGAGUCAUCAAUCCUGGAGAAUGUAAAAUUGGUAUCAUGCCUGGUCACAUUCACAAGAAGGGAAGAAUUGGUAUUGUGUCAAGAUCUGGAACCUUGACAUAUGAGGCUGUUCAUCAGACAACGCAAGUUGGAUUGGGGCAGUCUUUCUGUGUUGGGAUUGGAGGUGAUCCCUUCAAUGGAACUAAUUUUAUUGACUGCCUUGAUGUCUUCCUGAAGGAUCCUCAUACUGAGGGGAUCAUACUGAUUGGGGAAAUUGGAGGGAAUGCUGAAGAAGAUGCAGCAGCAUUUUUGAAAGAACAUAAUUCUGGCCCAAAUGCCAAGCCAGUGGUGUCGUUCAUCGCCGGCCUGACGGCACCUCCGGGCAGGCGGAUGGGCCACGCCGGAGCAAUCAUUGCUGGGGGAAAAGGGGGAGCUAAGGAGAAGAUUGCAGCCCUUCAGAGCGCAGGUGUUGUGGUCAGCAUGUCCCCUGCUCAGCUGGGCAGCACCAUCUACAAGGAGUUUGAAAAAAGGAAAUUGCUGUAAGAGAAGACACUUUGGAAUACUGUCUCCAAAACACCAGUGCAGCACCUGGCCUCCGCUUACCUUUUGUCUGCUAAUCUUCAGUUGCCCAAAUGACUGAUGCCCAAAUGACUUGGAAGCCAUAAACCUCCUGGCUAAACCUGUUUUGAUGUCUCCCUUGUUUCAGACGUUGUCACCUGGUUGUAAAUCACAGCAAAUUAAUAAAUCUACUACUAAAUCUGA